CCACUCGCCCGAAGGGACCUUUGAUGGAACCGAGGGGAGGGGGCCACGGAUUUGCCGACUGCAGCAGGGGUGGGCUGGGGGCUGAGAUAAUGUAAUCACUCCUUUCUCCUGUUCUCUCCCACACGCCCCUCUCCUCUACCCCUAUUCUCUGCUCCACCGCCCUCUCACCCCGGUACACACACCCUUCCUCUAGCCAGGAUCUUCAAGCUCAGGAAGGAGGCGCCUCUGCAAGGGUUAAACGAUCUUUUCUUGUUCUCCCAUCCUUUUCCCUCCCCAACCCUGUAUUUGAACCUCCCUUCUCCUAAUUGGCUUUCGCCUCUUCUGGGUAGCCCUUUGGCUGCAAAGGCAAAACACAAGCCCCUAACCCGGUUUCACCUGCAACCCCCUCCCCCACCCAACUGCUCUCUUAAAACAACUCUGGUGCUUCUGGGGGUUAAUUGCCCCAGUUUUCUGCCCAGGAGAAUUAAAACUUCUCCCAAUCUUCUCUCCUCCCCUACCUUGACUCCCCCUAACCGCUAUCACCUGAGAAAAACUAUCUUUUCUCUCUCAUACAUGCAGUCCUCAAUUCUUCAUUGAGCUAGUUUUCUCUAAGCCCAGCUCAAUCCACUCCAAAUUUGAUUUACAAUUGUCCCCACCCUUUUAUACAAAAGAAAGAUUUCUCACUGCCUAGGAAUUUGAGAAGAACCCAAUAAUCCUUUCCUGGGGAACUUUUAAACAAUUCGACAUUGAUCUUAAGGCUCCAGUGGCCCCUCUGCCACACUUCUGUCUAUCCCCCUGCUCCUACCAGUGUCCUCAGGUUAAAGGCAGAAAGGAGACACCCUGAACAAAGUUGGAGGUUGGGGUGGGCGUGUGAGGGCAAGAAAAACUUUUUUGUUAUUGGGCUUUCCAGGUGGAGUUCAGAAUCAGUGACUCACAGUUCUCAGUCCUGGGAGCAAUUUAUUUGCUACUUGGAGGGGUUGUAAGAAAAGCCAGUGAGAAAGCAGACUCCCCCCACAACACAGAUCCACUGUGGACCCCCAAACCUGUCCUGCCCCCCUCUUUAAAGACUCUGACCGCCCCUCUUGGGCUCUCUGCUUCCACGGGGCACAUGCUGAUGCCCCUGUGUGGGCUGCUCUGGUGGUGGUGGUGCUGCUGCUGUGGCUGGUACUGCUGUGGAUUGUGUGCUCCAGCCCCCCAGAUGUUGCGCCACCAGGGUCUCCUCAAGUGCCGCUGCCGCAUGCUCUUCAAUGACCUGAAGGUUUUCUUACUGCGGCGCCCUCCUCAAGCGCCCCUGCCCAUGCACGGCGACCCCCAGCCCCCCGGUUUGGCGGCCAACAACAACACCCUUCCGGCUCUGGGCGCCGGGGGGUGGGCAGGCUGGAGGGGCCCCCGAGAAGUGGUGGGCAGGGAGCCCCCUCCUGUGCCACCUCCACCCCCCUUGCCACCUUCUUCUGUGGAAGAUGACUGGGGUGGCCUAGCCACAGAGCCACCUGCCUUGCUGCUCAGCAGUGCCUCCUCAGAUGACUUCUGUAAGGAGAAGACCGAGGAUCGCUACUCACUGGGCAGCAGCGUGGACAGUGGUAUGAGGACCCCACUCUGCCGCAUCUGCUUCCAGGGGCCAGAACAGGGGGAGCUGCUGAGCCCGUGCCGCUGCGAUGGCUCGGUCAAGUGCACACACCAGCCUUGCCUCAUCAAGUGGAUCAGCGAGCGGGGCUGCUGGAGCUGCGAGCUGUGCUACUACAAGUACCACGUCAUCGCCAUAAGCACAAAGAAUCCUCUGCAGUGGCAGGCCAUCUCUCUGACGGUCAUUGAGAAAGUUCAGGUUGCAGCCGCCAUCCUGGGCUCCCUCUUCCUCAUCGCCAGUAUCUCUUGGCUCAUCUGGUCCACUUUCAGCCCCUCGGCAAGAUGGCAGCGCCAAGACCUCCUCUUCCAGAUCUGCUACGGGAUGUACGGCUUCAUGGAUGUGGUGUGCAUAGGUCUUAUCAUCCACGAGGGACCCUCGGUGUACCGCAUCUUUAAACGGUGGCAGGCUGUCAACCAGCAGUGGAAAGUGCUGAACUAUGACAAGACAAAAGACCUGGAGGAUCAAAAGGCAGGAGGCAGGACCAACCCCCGGACCUCCUCAUCCACCCAGGCCAAUAUCCCCUCCUCGGAGGAGGAGGCUGCAGGCACCCCUGCCACUGAGCAGGGCCCUGCCCAGGCUGCCGGCCACCCCUCAGGCCCUCUGUCCCAUCACCACUGUGCUUAUACCAUCCUGCACAUCCUGAGUCACUUGAGACCUCAUGAACAGCGGAGUCCACCGGGCAGCAGCCGAGAGCUGGUCAUGAGAGUCACGACAGUGUGAGAGCUGAGGCCCAGAAGGAAGGCCAUGACCGCCACUGGGGGCCCGAGCAGGGUGGGGAGGCGCAGUGGCACUCCUGGAGCCAGCAGAGGGAGCAGGCAGAGGGUGGGGGGCCUGGUGGGAGUCCUGGUGCAGGGUUAGAGCGGGAGUGAGGCUGGCGCAGGAGCAGUUCUGUGAUUUCCAAUCAGUCAAUGCCACUCUCCACAACAGCAAUGAAAACCAACACAAACUCAGCAACAAAGUGCAAUACAGGCUGAACCUGGCCCAGCAGAAAAAACCUGCCCCAGUGCACCCGCAGGCAAGGUACCUGGAGAAGCAGAGGCUGAGGGCAGACGAAGCCUGUGUGACUGGUGGCAGUGGUGGAGGCCAGCGGGGCCAAGAGGAAAAGCAUCUGCGGUCUGCUCUGCUCUCACUCAUUUGUUUUGUUUCUCCUGGGGCUGUGUCCUGCAGGCAGCCGGGAAAGAGGGAGGCACAGGUGUGAGCUGGCAGGGACACACUGCCUUUGGGGCUCCUGGGUUCAUUUGUUCCGGCAAGAUUCGGGCAAGAUUCGCUGACAAAUGGCUGUGGGGAUGAUGGGGUGGAUGGUCAGGGAGGGAGGUGCAGGGAGGGAGAUGCUGGUGUGAGCAGCCAGAGGGAGAGGUGUGUCUUCUUUCUGAAGGAACUUCCAACCUGGAACUCCCGAUUUCAGUGGGUUCUAAGAGGGCUUAGGUUUGGAAAAGGGUGUCUUUCUCUGCCCUUGUUAAUUUAUUUUAUAGUGAUUUGGCUCAAAGAUGUUUACAGGACACACACACACGCACACGCACAUGCACACACACACACACACACACACACACGCACACCCCUAGAGAAAAGUACAGAUUUCCAGUGGGUAUUUCAAGCACAGUUCUGCUGCUGUGGCUUCAGUUUGGAAGCUGUCAAUCCUGGAGCAACUUUCCCAACUACCCAACCCCACCAUGGCCAGGACGUGUGCAACGCCAGCCCCUUCCUGCCUUGGCACACACACUGACCCAGUCCCCUCAUGGUAGGGCACCCCCGAUCUAGGGGCUUUCGAGAGAGCAGCUGCAGUGGUUGGGAGGAGCUUGGCAAGUGUGCCCUGAGUGGAGUAGAGCCCAAUCUAAGUAUUCCUUGCUGCUUGGAACCCUCCCCAAAGAGGCAGAUGGACGGAUGCUCAGUGCUUUGUGCUCCCUGGUCCUUCCUGUGCCACCAGGUAGGCCCCGGGGUGCCUGGCAGGGAGCACUACCCCUGGACCCCCACCUCGCUCUCUCUGGGGACCCUGCCAGGGAAAGCCACUGGGUGGUCACCUGCAGAGUUUCUGGUUGUCACUGCACAAUGACUGCGUCAUCCGUGGGUAUUAAAAGGACACUGUCAAGUACUUUUUUAAACUAGUUUUUAGGGUUUUUUAAAACUCUCUGUUGUUUGUAAUAUUCUCUUAAAAGCUUGAAAAUAAAUUUUCUUUCCCUACCAGUA